AUGACCCAACUUCCCGAUCUCAACAGCCUUCAUCAGGCCGUCGAAGGUUCAUUCAUCAUCUACGAAGCCGCCUGCAAGGCUCUGUCAACGGCCGAAGGCGCUCUUCAGACAGAGGUCCAAGUGCUGCGACCAGCAGAAGCCGUCGCUCUAGCCGACGAACAGACUCGACUGUUAUCGGCCCGAGCCUUCCAACAAGCUGUCGCGUAUGAAGGGAUCAACUUGCCGCUGCUGUUCGACGUGUACAACAACAUGUACACCACGCGUAUGAGGGAGCUGAACGAUGCAAUCACGGCGGCGAAAGAAGCCAAGGACAUCGCCGAGAAGAACUAUCAAAGCGAGCUGAAACGGCUGUCGAAGGGAAUCGUGGCUAUCCAGCAGCAUACGGCGUCGCGGGAAGACGGACUGAAGACCCGCAGCGGUCGACGCGGAACACCCGACAUCAGCCUCGCGCUCAAUUUUUUGGAACCUCUCCGCAUCGACAUCUUGGCACCAGAGGACCCACCGGAUGACGACGACAUGCAGGACGCGGCCGCAGUUCCACCGGGGGUC